AUGCUCAACCCGAGACUCUACCUCGAGGUCUAUAGACCCCUUGUCGCUAUCGCAAUCAUCGUCCAAAUACUGACACUCUCAAAGGACUGCCUCCGCUACGGUCACAGCUCCCUCUGGGCAGCAGGAAUCCCUUGGUCCAUCAUCAACGCCGCCAUCACCAGUGCAAGUUUUGAAUACGUCGUCUCGGACGUGUGUAAAGCACAUUGGGAAGCGAACACGAACCUCGCCUGGUACAACGAAGACGAUCCUGACGCCAAAGAUGUUCCAUGCCCGGCGUGUUCUACCCUGUUCUCCGUUCCAUGGACGACAUGUGGACUGUCGCGAGAUUAUUCGGGUGCAAAACAACUCGACAUCGUAGGCCAAGGCCUCGCCGACGGUCGCUUAGCGCACGCAUGCCCCUCGUGCGGACUCCUGAUGACCCACGAAUCUCUCCGGGCAGCAAAAUUUCGCGACGACAUUCAGGCUUCGAUACGAUCCAACCACGCCAUGCCGGGAACAAUCCUCGACCUCGGCACAGGUCUGCCGAAACCUUUACAAUACGGCUCAGACGAUACAUCAGGCGAAUGCCCAGACCGGCUCUUCCCCACCCGCCUGGCCCGUCGUGGGCUCUCGAGACACAUCCUCGAGAUGUUCAAGCCGGGAAGCAAAACUGCUCCAAGCAUGAUGGCCGUGCGAGAUAUCAUGGAAGAGAGCUUCACCGGCAAAUUUGCAGACCCCAAGAACUUACGUGAGGUGAUGAGCCGGCCGGGCCAAGAAAAUGUGACGGCCUUCCGUCUAAGUCUAGACGCUAAACGGCAGACGAGAAAGAUGAUGUCGCGUUACUGGGAGAACUCGUCGCCUUUCUCCAUUGACCUCCCAGGAUGUGUGAUGCGCCAAGCAACCUUUACUGAAAAGAUGUGCAAGCUCAACUGGUUGCACUUUCCUACAGCGCGAGACAUCAUGACAGGACUUUUAGAAAAGUACGACCGAUUCGUCGAGAUCAUCGCUAUUGCCUCGUCUACAGAGGACAAAGUUGCCGUCCCGACACUCGACGUCGACCUCGCGUGGCACACGCACCAGCUCUCUCCUCAGUCCUAUUUCGUCUUCACACUCGCAAAGACGGGGGCCUUUGUAGAUCACAAUGACAAAGUUGACGAGGAUCGACUAAGCACAGCUUUUGAGUGGACAAGUAAGACGUACCAGGAAAAGUACGGCGAGAUCUACUCGCAGUGCAAAUGCUGGUACUGCGAAACCGUCAGGGUGAUGGCCUUGCCCACGACCAAGAUGUUCGGAAUAGGCAAGGAGGAAAAGCUUCUCGAAACAUGGCAUGCAGCCUCCAAGGCCAACAAUGUGCCCAUGCCGCCAGCCGCCGAGUCUGCGCAUGUCUCGUCGCAUCCGGCGGUGCACACCAACGAGACGACAGCGCAGCGGACAGCGACACGUCCGUUGCGUUCUGAGUUCAGGAAUAGACUGGAAGAAACGCAUUCCAAGGCGCGCAAGAGGGCAAGCGAGACUUUCAAGGUGGACUCUGGCAAGCGCAUGGGACCUCGCGGUGAAGAUAAGAUGUCAUUCUGGGGGAAAGAUAUCGCCGUGGACGGACCUUGGGCAUCGGUCUUGGCCGCCGUGACGACGAGCGCCAUGUAUCCCGCUGGGCCAGGCCUCGCGAACAUGGGCCCCGGAGCUGUAGGCAGCUGCGCAACGGGAACGUGUGGAGGAGCUACUGGUUGCGGCUCCGAGCUGCUGGGCAUGUGCUCGGCAGGGUGUGUCGGGAGUGCCUGGUUUGGCGGAAAGGCCGGAUGUACAGGUAUGGGCGAAGACGGAUUUGACUUCUGA